AUGCGGUGUGGGGAAGGCCCUGUAUUUCUGGGUGCUAGUGAUUUUCUUAGCGGCCUCCAGAUAGGCGGUGAAUCAGAAUUUAUCAAGGUCAAGGAAUUUAUCGCUGCCCGUUCCAAGAAAACCAAAUUAACAAAUCGACUCCAUGCCAUCUGGUCAUUCACUGCAGCUGAGAAGAAAUUCUUCUAUGAGUGCAACACAGGAAGCGUUCCAGUGAUCAUAGUGUUCACCAAGUUCAAUGCCCUCUACAAUGUAGCAUACUCACAACUGAAAAAGGAAGGAAAAUCACGGAAAGACACUCAAGAACUGGCCCUGAAACAUGCCGAUGAAACAUUUCCAGAUGGACCCCAAUUGAAGUUUCUCAAGAGCAUCAAAUGGCCUCCAAAAGGUCAUGUGUGCCUUCCUAAUAUGAAUGAGGAUAAUGUAGAUUGUGGGGCGCUGAUUGAAUGCAUGGCUGGAACUUUGAACGAUGAAAUGCUGGAGCAACUAUUCGUCUCAACCCAGCAGACUAACUUGGAGAUCUGCAUGAGAUAUGCAAUUGAGAGAACACUCCCAAAACAUCCUGACUCUGCAAAGAGUAUGACUGAAGGAUACAAGGAGAUAGUAGGGACCUUGGGCGCCUGGUUUCCUCAUAUUUGGUGGCACUAUCUUCAAGACAGGCAGAAUUCUGAUUCCUCUUUUUAUGUCACUCUGGAGCAGUACAUGCCAUCUCCGCAUGCUGCUGCUGUCAGGGAAGGUAUGUUAUUUUGUGGCAGCAAUUCUGCUGAUCCGUCAUCUUCAGCACAACCUCAACAACAAACAGUGCAACACAACACAGAUGGUGUUCCGAUGUCGAGCUAA